AUGGAGAGGAGGCCCUGCUGUGUGUGCAGAGCUGCGGCCACAUUUCACAAUGAUGCCGCUUUGCUAAACGUGGCCGAUGCAGCUUCUCUGCAUGCAGCUCACCUUUACCUGACGGCCACCCUGCCGAACGGCUCUCAGCUGCUUACAGCACAAGAGGAUUACUCAGAGUUUUCCUGCAGCCGUCUGCGGUCGGAGCGGGCAAUGGGUCGGUUUGGACGGGUACAGGAGGGGUUGGGGUUGCUCCUGGUCUUCUGGCUGAUGAUGGGGCUGGAGCCGGCUCAGGGUCAGCACCCUCUGCCCGUGCUGUGGCUGAUGCCGGUCAGCUCCAGGUCGGGCGGGGAGAAUGUGACGGCAGACGUGGCUCCGGCUGUAAGACUGGCUCUGCAGGACCUAAAGAAACAACCGCCACCGCUGGGGAACUACGAGAUCCAGCUCCAGCGGCUGGACUCACAGUGCGACCCUGCUGAAGCGCUCAAAGCCCUGUUUGAUGCAGUGUGGGUGGGGCCGAAGUACCUGCUGCUGUUUGGAGGGGUGUGUCCACCUGUUACGGCGCUCAUCGCUCGCGCUCUUCCGGCGCUCGGCCUGGUGCAGGUGUCUUUUGCGCCCUCGGCUCCUGGCCUGUCCAACAGGAAGUUGUACAGAAACGUGUUCAGCACGGUGCCGUCAGACCGAGCGCUGAACCAGGCCGCCGUGAAGCUGCUGCAGCGCUACAAGUGGACCAGAGUCGGCGUGGUCACGCAGGAAGGACCCAGACUCUCCGAGAUGAAGAAGGAUCUGAUCAGACAGCUUCUGAGAGCCGGCGUUCACGUCGCCGUCACAGAAAGCCUCUCUGGAGACGUCUGCGGCCGCCUGAAGAAACUGAAGGAUGAGGACGUUCGCAUCAUCAUCGCACAGCUGGAAGACGAGUCUGUGUCUGAGGUGUUCUGCUGUGCGUACAGGCUGAACCUGUUUGGAGCUCGGUACCAGUGGAUCGUAGCUGGCGGAGGAGCAGCUGGGUGGAGGCUGGGGUGGAAGUUUUCUGGCUGUACGGCCAACAGCCUCCUGGUGGCGGCAGACGGGGCCAUCCGGCUGCAGGUCCGAGAGCUCGGCAACGCCAACACGCCGGGAGUCUCUGGACGGACUCCUCAGGACUACCAGGACUCCUAUCUCAGGCAGCUGAUCCAGGAGGGGUCAGAGGUCAGCUCGCUGCACUCCUUCGCCUAUGAUGCCGUUUGGGUCGUUGCCAAAGCUCUGAGCCAGGCGACAGAGGUGGCAAAACAGAGAGAGAAAUACAGCCCUCGGAGGAACGUGACGGUCAGCGGGGAGGAGGUGGCGAGGAUGUUGCUGGAGGCCGUGAGAAGCACGCGGUUCGAAGGAGUCACGGGUCCGGUUUUCUUUCGGAACGGGGAGAGGAUGACGUCGAUCGAGCUGCUCCAGUUUCAAGUCAGCAGUGGCGUCCUGGUGGGGGAGUUCAACACCAGCACCCAACAACUCCGCCUGAUGCACCACCUGCUCAGGUUCAAAGGUCCAGGACCAGCUAAAGACCAGCCUGCUGUCCUCCUGCAGCACCGUCACAUCAGCCUCCUCCUGUACAUCGUCAUAUCAUCAGCUGCUGGUGCGACCAUCAUCAUCGCUCUGAUCGUCCUUUUCUUCGUCAUCGUCAGCCGCAAACACCGGCGGCUCGGCUCGGGCGGUGCAUCCCAGGACGAGCUGCUCCUGCUGGGCGUCCUGCUCUCCUCCUCCUCGGUGCUGUUCUCCGGCCUGGACGAAGCCUCGCUGUCGGACUGGAUGUUUGGGCUUCUUUGUUCUCAGAGCCGAGCGCCGUCAGCAGGCUGCGUCAUGUUCUGGUUAUUCCUGGUGGACGCGCUUGUUUUAACCUCCUGGCAAAUCCUGGACCCCCUCAGAUGGGAGGUGCUUCAGCACAACACAGAGGGCGGCGCUGCUGAGGACGUCAUCAUCCGGCCGUACUCUGAACGCUGCAGCAGUGCUAACAUGGAGCUGUGGCUCACUGUGGUCUAUGGAUACAAAGCACCUCUGCUGCUUCUCGGAUGUUUCGUGGCCCUGAACAUCUGGACCGCAGAGGUCAGCGAGCCGGCAGGCAGCGGCAAACAACUGGCGCUGAGCACGUUUGCCCUGACGGCGUUCAGCGUGUCAGGAGUGUCGGGAUCGCUGCUGACGUCCCACAAUCCUCCAGUUCAGUUCUGUGUGAGCAGCAUUCUCAUCCUCUGCUGCGACCUCUUCAUCCUGAGCGGGUGGUUUGGACCGAAGAUUGUGUUUGUGUGCUGGAGCGGCGGCGGCGGCCUGCAGCAGGCGUCCGGGCUGCAGGGCGAUGCUGCACAGGAAGAGGAAGAUCAGCUGAGCAGGUUGAAUCAGCAGCUCAGGAGUGAAAGUGCACAGCUGGAUGUGGAAAUAGAAAUCAUCAGAAUGGAGCUUUCUGAGACAUCUGGGAUGUUUCAGCGUCUGAUGAGAGACAAACACGCCGAAAUCGGAUCGGUGACUCAUGAAGCUCAGAUCUGUGCGAAAAACAGAAACAGCGAGAGCGAAGCUUCAACCCUGAAAGACAUCAACUCACCUGAACACAUGCGGCGCCGUCUGUCUGUCCAGCUGCCCAUCCUCCAUCAUUCCUACCUGCCCGCGAUCGGCGGCAUCAGCUCCAGCAGCUCCAGCCUGUUCGGCAGCCAGGAAGUCUUUGUCGAUCAGCACAAUAACUCGCUGUACACCUGA